AUGGCUGUGGACAAUCAGGAUGUGCUGCAGGAGUUGACCGGGCCCAAUAGAAUCAAGGCGGUGGGGCCGGACGGAAUUCACCCAGCGAUUGUACAACCGCUGGGUGACGUCAUAGUGGGACUGAUCUUCGAGUUAUUUAAAGAGUUGCUUAGACUGGGAACUGUCCCGAACGACUGGAACAAAGCCACAUUAAUGGCAAUACACAAUUCUGGAUCCCGGCAAGUUGCCGAGAAUAACAGACCCCUUGGCAAUUCGUUUGCAAACGUUUCAUCACCAGCCGAAGUGACAUCAUCAGAGAUCUUGUCUAACACACCUGUUAUUCCUAGACGAGGUCACACCUACGUAGAAUUGAUCAGUGAAGGUUUUGAUCGUACUUACUUACAGUCCUCUGUCAAAGAGCACAUAGAAUUGCAGACCAAAACUCCGUGCAAAGCCAAUUAG